UAAUCGGUCGCCAGAUUAUGGUGCGACAGGACGAGAGUGAGGUGGCAACUGGCAGGAGCACAUUCCGGUAUAACAUAGAGCGACUCUUCAGCUGUGUCAUAUUUGACCAAGAAACGUUUCCUGUACUUUCGAGGGGGUGCAACUUUCAUUGAUAAGGUCCUGUGCUAUCCGGCACUGCCAUGUCGGCGAAAGCCAUUUCAGAGCAGACAGGAAAAGAGUUCUUGUAUAAGUAUGUCUGCACCUCAGCGCCCGUGCAGAACCGCUUCCGCUAUGCCAGUGUCACCGCUGAGACUGACUGGGACCGCCUCACACAGGAGCAUCCAUGGCUGCUCACAGAGCGUCUGGUGGUAAAGCCAGAUCAACUCAUCAAGCGGCGUGGGAAGCUCGGGCUGGUGGGCAUUGACCUGGACCUGCAGGGUGUCCGAGAGUGGCUCAAAACCCGCCUCAUGAGAGAUGCCACUGUGGGAAAGGCAAAGGGUGUGCUGAAGAACUUCCUCAUUGAGCCUUUUGUUCCACACACACAGGAGGAGGAGUUUUAUGUGUGUAUUUAUGCCACACGUGAGGGCGACCAUGUACUUUUCCACCACGAGGGAGGAGUGGAGGUGGGUGACGUGGACGCCAAGGCCCAGAAGCUGAUGAUCGCAGUGGAUGACACGCUGAGUGAGGACCAGGUCACAGAGCAGCUCCUCACACAUGUUCCUGAUGAUAAGAAAGAAGUCCUGGCCAGUUUUAUAGUGGGCCUCUUCAACUUAUAUGAGGAUCUCUACUUCACCUAUCUUGAAAUCAACCCUCUAGUCGUCACCCAAGAUGGAGUGUACGUCCUUGACAUGGCAGCCAAGAUUGAUGCCACAGCAGAUUAUAUCUGCAAGGCAAAAUGGGGUGAUGUGGAGUUUCCACCGCCCUUUGGCAGAGAAGCAUAUCCAGAGGAGGCGUACAUAGCUGAUCUGGAUGCAAAGAGUGGUGCCAGUCUGAAGCUGACCCUGCUGAACCCUCGUGGCAGGAUCUGGACCAUGGUGGCUGGAGGAGGGGCUUCAGUAGUCUACAGCGACACCAUCUGUGACCUUGGUGGGGUGGAUGAACUGGCCAACUAUGGCGAGUACUCCGGCGCACCCAGUGAACAGCAGACCUACGACUACGCUAAAACCAUCCUCUCUCUCAUGACACGGGAGAAACAUCCUCAAGGGAAGGUGCUGAUCAUCGGAGGAAGUAUUGCCAAUUUCACUAAUGUAGCAGCCACAUUUAAGGGCAUUGUCAGGGCCAUCAAAGACUUCCAAGGUCCUUUGAAGGAGCACGAGGUCACCAUCUUUGUUCGACGUGGCGGGCCCAACUACCAGGAAGGGCUAAGGGUGAUGGGGGAAGUAGGGAAGACGACAGGUAUUCCUAUCCAUGUGUUUGGUACCGAGACCCAUAUGACAGCCAUUGUUGGAAUGGCUCUGGGCCACCGGCCAAUCCCUAACCAGCCCCCGAUGGACGCACAUACCGCCAACUUCCUCCUCAAUGCCAGCAACAGUGCAGUGACUCCAGCUACAACAAGGACCGCUUCGUUCUCUGAAACCAGGACGUCUAAUGAUGUCACCCCUGCAAAAAAGUCUAAAGCAGGUCUUCCAGCAGACUCUCUUCAUUCUAUAAUGUGGCCUCUGAAGAAUGUGGUCACAGGCGAUUGGAAAGCAGCGCAUGCCUCUUCAGGCUGCAACGGAGCCAAAGCCACCACACUCUUCAGAAAGCAUACCAAGGCCAUGGUCUGGGGCAUGCAGACACGUGCCGUGCAAGGCAUGAUGGACUUUGACUACGUAUGCUCUCGGGAGGAACCCUCUGUGGCAGCCAUGGUCUACCCCUUCACUGGGGAUCACAAGCAGAAGUUCUACUGGGGCCACAAAGAGAUCCUGCUGCCGGUCUACAAGAACAUGGCCGACGCCAUGAAGAAGCACCCCGAGGUGGACGUCCUGAUCAGCUUUGCUUCCCUGCGCUCGGCCUUCGACAGCACCGUGGAGGCCAUGCAGUACCCACAGAUCCACACUAUUGCCAUCAUAGCUGAGGGCAUCCCUGAAGCUCAGACAAGGAAGAUAAUUAAGAUGGCUGAUGAGAAAGGCGUCACUAUCAUUGGCCCCGCUACGGUUGGUGGCAUCAAGCCUGGCUGUUUUAAGAUCGGCAACACCGGAGGCAUGCUGGACAACAUCCUGGCUUCCAAACUUUAUCGUCCCGGCAGCGUGGCAUAUGUGUCGCGCUCUGGGGGCAUGUCCAACGAACUGAACAACAUCAUCUCCCGCACCACAGACGGUGUGUAUGAAGGUGUGGCCAUCGGAGGAGACAGAUAUCCGGGCUCCACUUUCAUGGACCACAUCCUUCGUUACCAGGACACUCCGGGGAUCAAGAUGAUAGUGAUGCUGGGAGAGAUUGGAGGCACUGAGGAGUACAAGAUCUGCCAGGGCAUCACAGAGGGCAGGAUAACCAAACCUGUGGUGUGCUGGUGUAUUGGAACCUGCGCCACCAUGUUUGCAUCAGAGGUUCAGUUUGGCCAUGCAGGGGCCUGUGCCAACCAGGCUUCAGAAACAGCAGUAGCCAAAAACCAGGCUCUGAGGGAUGCUGGAGCUUAUGUACCAAAGAGCUUUGAUGAACUGGGCAACGUCAUCAAGACAGUUUAUGAUGAACUGGUGUCCAAUGGUACAAUCGUUCCUGCCCAGGAGGUUCCACCCCCAACAGUGCCUAUGGAUUACUCUUGGGCCAGGGAGUUGGGCCUGAUCCGUAAGCCAGCCUCAUUCAUGACGAGCAUCUGUGACGAGCGAGGUCAGGAGCUCAUCUACGCUGGCAUGCCCAUCACUGAGGUCUUUAAAGAGGAGAUGGGUUUAGGAGGAGUGCUGGGCUUGCUUUGGUUCCAACGCAGGUUGCCACGCUAUGCCUGCCAGUUCAUUGAGAUGUGCCUGAUGGUGACUGCUGAUCACGGGCCUGCCGUCUCUGGUGCACACAACACCAUCGUCUGUGCUCGUGCUGGCAAGGACCUUAUCUCAAGCCUGACCUCUGGGCUGCUCACUAUCGGGGAUCGUUUUGGAGGAGCUCUGGAUGCAGCUGCGAAGCAGUUCAGCAAGGCAUUCGACAGUGGCAUGCUGCCUAUGGAGUUUGUCAACAAGAUGAAGAAGGAUGGCAAGCUGAUAAUGGGCAUCGGCCACAGGGUCAAAUCAAUUAACAACCCAGACAUGCGGGUGCAGAUCCUGAAGGACUUUGUUAAGCAGCAUUUCACCUCCACCCAGCUGCUCGACUAUGCCCUAGACGUUGAGAAGAUCACCACCUCCAAGAAACCCAACCUGAUCCUCAAUGUAGAUGGUUUUAUUGGUGUUGCCUUUGUGGACCUGCUUAGAACGUGUGGUGGCUUCACACGAGAUGAGGCUGACGAGUUUGUGGAGAUCGGUGCACUAAAUGGGAUCUUUGUCCUCGGCCGUAGUAUGGGCUUUAUUGGACAUUACCUGGACCAGAAGAGGCUGAAACAGGGUUUGUAUCGCCACCCCUGGGAUGACAUCUCUUAUGUGCUCCCAGAACAUAUGUCCAUGUAAUUCCCACAUCACAGAAUGGGUUGCACUUCCAGAUGUGACUGUUGUGGUUGACGGUUGUGACCACAGCUGCCUUGGUCAAACUGGGCAGGAUGAUUCUGGAAAGUGAAAGUACUGUCUGACUGAGGGAUCUGGGUAGAGGUUUUUUGAUCUAGUUUUUACGGAGAAAAAAGGGGGACGUAUAUUUUCAGAUUUCGUUUUUUGACAAAUUAUUUAAAGUCUGAGAUGUAAGUUAUUUAGUUUUCAAUGAAGAGCCAAACCAAUGUAAACUGCAGCAGCUGCAGAAGCACAAAAUUAAUUGGUACUUUGGGGGGGAAAAAAAAAAUGCAAAGAACCCUGCUUUGUGUAGUUGGACUCCUGCAUUACGGAGUCUGAUUAGUUCAUCUGCGGUAACGGCUGCCGAUUUGUUCAAGCUCCGAAAUACAGUUAUCAUGUCUUUUUAAUACUUCUUAGAGAAAAUGAUUUUGUUUUAAUCAACAUUUGCCUGUUUUAUGCCACAAGAAAGUGUGCUUAAGUCUACUUUUUGGCUUUCAGAGUAUUGCACCUUGGUUUCAACACUAGCGAAUCUAUCUAAAAUCUGUUUUUGAAUUCCUUGUCCAAGUUUCACUCCCACUGAGAAAGAUCUUUGUCAUCUCAAGAGAAACCAAAGUUAUUUUUAUGAAUUUGUUGUCUUUAUUAAAAGUAAAAUAAAGCAGGGUCCGGUGGUUGACGUUACAGAGCUUACCCAGAUCUUAUGUUUUGAAAAAGAGGUAUUGUAAUGGGAUAAAGGAAUGCAAUGAAGGAACACAAUGAUUUAAGUCUCACUCCACUAUUGCCUUUCCUACAACAACCCUGGUUCUAAACGAGUGGUUGAAAUUCAUCAGCUUCUGUAAAUUAGAUGCAGUUUUGAGCUGUCAGGUCUCUGUGUUGCUAUUCUGAAUAACUGUCAGACAACAGGAAAAUGUAGAAGCAUCAAAAGGGGACAAACAUGUUUCAUGAAUGAGCCCUGUGAGUGUUUGAAAGCAUCUUUUGGCGAGGGACCAUGAAAGCGGUUUGCUUUACUUGGGGAAAUGAUUGCACAUAAUACAGGUGUCGGGUCUGUUAAACUUUCACUAAAUACUUGACACCAACCAAAACGCUUUGUAAUUGCCCGCUGUAUGGCCUGCUGUUUGAUCUUUGUUUUGCUGUUUAUAUUUAACUGUGGAAAAAAUGUUGGGUUUUUUUGUAACAUGCUGUCAUAUAGUAGUAUAAUAAAGAACUUAUUGUCUUACUUUUCA